GGGAGGAUAAAGUCUUAGCAGCGCACGGGAGAGCGCUGGAGCUAAGGGCUCUGUCUCUCCACCCUCGAGUUACACGCGCCUCCCCUCUCGCCAAUUGCUGGGCGCCAUCCGGCAGCUCCUUUCCUCCUGAGCCCAAAUUCUCCGCUCGUCGCCGUCCUCCAAUCACAGCGGCCCGCCCUCGGGGACUACUUUGCAAUCGGCGAAGAGCGCAAGGAGCAGGGCGUGAGAAGAACCUCUGACCUCGGGAAGUGUAGUUCAACACUCGAAGGAAAUGCAUUGGAGAUUGCGCCAGAAUCAGGGCUGCUUAAACUACAGUUCCCAGAGGGCUCCGCGGUCGGGAGCCGAGCCUUUUCUUUCCAACACCACUCGCCUUUUCCGAGUUGGUUCUGCGAUAGAGGUGACCCGACUCCCUGAAGCUCAUUUUGCAGGUGCAGAGAAGUGUCCGUGCAGUUCCCAGUCAUGUCUGAACCAAUCCGAGUCCUUGUGACUGGAGCAGCUGGUCAAAUUGCUUAUUCACUGCUAUACAGUAUUGGAAAUGGAUCUGUCUUCGGUAAAGACCAGCCUAUCAUUCUCGUGCUGUUGGAUAUUACUCCCAUGAUGGGCGUCCUGGAUGGUGUCCUGAUGGAGCUGCAAGACUGUGCCCUUCCCCUCCUGAAAGAUGUCAUCGCAACGGAUAAAGAAGAGAUUGCCUUCAAAGACCUGGAUGUGGCCAUUCUUGUGGGCUCCAUGCCAAGAAGGGAUGGCAUGGAGAGGAAAGAUUUACUCAAAGCAAAUGUGAAAAUCUUCAAAUGCCAGGGUGCAGCCUUGGACAAAUAUGCCAAGAAGUCAGUUAAGGUUAUCGUGGUGGGAAACCCGGCCAAUACCAACUGCCUGACUGCCUCCAAGUCGGCACCGUCCAUCCCCAAGGAGAACUUCAGUUGCUUGACUCGUCUGGAUCACAACCGAGCUAAAGCUCAGAUUGCUAUUAAACUUGGUGUGAUUUCUGAUGAUGUAAAGAAUGUCAUCAUCUGGGGAAACCAUUCCUCAACUCAGUAUCCAGAUGUCAACCAUGCCAAGGUGAAACUGCAAGGAAAGGAAGUUGGUGUUUAUGAAGCUCUGAAAGAUGACAGCUGGCUCAAGGGAGAAUUCAUCACGACUGUGCAGCAGCGCGGUGCUGCUGUCAUCAAGGCUCGAAAACUGUCCAGUGCAAUGUCUGCUGCGAAAGCCAUCUGUGACCACGUCAGAGACAUCUGGUUUGGAACCCCAGAGGGAGAGUUUGUUUCCAUGGGCAUCAUCUCUGAUGGUAACUCCUACGGUAUUCCUGAUGAUCUGCUUUACUCGUUCCCUGUUACAAUCAAGGAUAAGACCUGGAAGGUUGUUGAAGGUCUCCCUAUUAAUGAUUUCUCACGUGAGAAGAUGGAUCUUACUGCAAAGGAACUGGCAGACGAAAAAGAAACUGCGUUUGAAUUUCUUGCCUCUGCCUGACUAGACAAUCAUUUCCGUGUUACUAAAUGCCCCAAAGCUGAAGAAUCUAAAUGUCGUCUUUGACUCUAGCACCAAAUAAUAAUAAUGCUAUACUUAAAUUACUUGUGGAAAAACAAUACACUUUAAAGAUUGUGUGCUUCUUGGUACAGAUUUGUGACAGUUCAUCAUCAUGCUGUUAGUGCUGCAUUCUAAAAUAAAUAUAUAUUCAAAUGAA